UGGCGCAACCAAACAGUGUACUUCAUAAUCCCACCCCUUAAGGGAAGAUGAUUGGGUAUCUUUGCCGUAUUGUAAUAACUAUAUGAACGCUGAUUGGUUGUUUAGUGUACGUAACCACAUAUAAGAACCAAUGGAACUUCAGCAGAAAUGGAGACCGCAUAAACCCAAAUUCUGAUUGGAUUAAUGUUUAUAAUACCCGGACGUGUUUUGGAAAGAUGAAAAAAUUAUGAAACAUUCGGGAUUAAAUUAGUGUACUAGAAGCAUCACCAAGUAUGAACGAGCCUGCUUCUCAAAACCUAAAAGAGAGAUCAUUCACAUUUGAGGGCAGUGAAGACGUUCAGUCUUUAAUCGUGUCUAUUCCUGAGGUUCUUGAUCCACAAUAUGGGAUGUACGUGUGGCCCUGUGCGGUGGUGCUGUCUCAAUAUGUGUGGAUGGCACGCGAUAAACUUCAACACAAGACUGUUCUUGAGCUCGGUGCUGGUGUGAGUUUGCCUGGUGUUGUAGCUGCUAAAUGCGGGGCUCGUAUUAUCCUCUCAGACAGUGCUGAACUCCCCCUCUGCUUAAAUAACUGCAGACGCUCCUGUGAUGUCAAUAACCUCCCCAAUAUACCUGUGAUCGGACUGACCUGGGGUCAGGUAUCACCUGAACUCCUCUCACUGCCACCUGUAGACAUCAUCCUGGGAUCAGAUGUAUUCUAUGAACCUGAAGAUUUUGAAGAUGUGCUUGUGACCAUCUACUUUCUUAUAAAGAGAAAUCCUUGUGCUCAAUUUUGGACAACAUACCAGGAGAGAAGUGCUGACUGGUCCAUCGAAGCUUUGUUGCACAAGUGGAAUCUUACGUGUAUUAAUGUUCCUUUAGAAACAUUUGAUGCCAGCAAAACCCACUUGGCUGGAUCAACACUUCCUGGGAAUCACACUGUACAAAUGAUGAUUAUAACAGCAAGAGAAAUGUGUUAA